GUUUUGGUUUCUGGAUUGUCAAAUUUCGCAAGUUGGCUUGGCAUUACUUUACUACAUUUUGUCGCAAUUUUUCCGCUAAUUUUUCAUUAAUUCAUUCAUUAAUGGUUCAAAAAUGAAAUAGAUUCAGUGCGACAUCGAUCGGAAGUGAAACUUUACUAUCGGAAAUCGUUCUUGUUUGGAAUCCUCAGUGAAAUCGGCUUUGAACGAUCGGAAACGGAUAGCGCAAAUACCCAGCAGCAAAGAUGGAUUUCUUCCGUAGCUCCAGCUUCAGCCAGGAAACGGCUUCGCUCUUUAUGGACGAAAAGACUGCUUCCGCCCGCAUGAAGAUCAUCGAAGCGCUGAACGAAUCCCUGACUGCGAAUACAACCCAGAAGUGUGAAAUCAUUGCCAAGGUGCAGGAACUGAUUAUCCACUCGGAUACGGACCUGAUGCUGGAGUUCUUGGAUAACAUUCUUGCUUUUGCCCAUGAUUCCAACCAGGAGGUUCGAAAAUCGGUGGCCGGAUUUAUCGAGGACGUUUGCAAGACGAACAUUAGCCAUCUUCCGAAAGUGGUUCAUAUAUUGUUUGCCCUGCUCCGAGACACGGCCCCGAGUGUAACGAAACGAGUUAUUCAAGGGUGUGGGGCGAUCUACAAGCAAGCAUUGCAAUGGAUUUGUUCCCUGUCGGAUAUUACGGAGGAAGUGGAACAAGCCUGGAAUACAUUAUGCCUGAUCAAGGCGUCGAUUUUGGACAUGAUAGACAACGAUAACGACGGAAUUCGGACAAAUGCCAUCAAAUUUUUGGAAGGAGUUGUGAUCCUCCAGACCUAUCCGGACGAAGACAGUAUGAAGCGGGAGAACGACUUCUCGUUGGAGAAUAUUCCGUUGACGCUGAAGAUUGCUCGGCGACGAAAACUGGAAGACGAAGCUGGUCACAUUUUUGAGUUGCUCCUCCAGUUCCAUGCAGCUUCCUACAUUUCUCUGGUGAAUCUGAUUGCUUGUACGGGUACACUCUGCAUCAUAGCAAAGAUGCGUCCCUCCAUGAUGAAUCAAGUGGUGGAAGCCCUAUCGAAUCUUCACUCUAACUUGCCACCAACCCUUUCGAAUUCUCAGGUUAGCUCUGUGCGUAAGAAAUUAAAAAUGGAGUUCCUGAACCUCCUGAAGCACCCAGCUUGUUACGAACAUCAAACCGCCAUCGUCCAGAUACUUCAGGACCUGGGCGCCUCGAACAGCGAAAUUGGCCGAGCAAUUCCCAAGCUGGACAAACGCGAACAGCAACGUCGGGCCAAAAGAGCGCGCGAAAGCUCCAUGACGUCCCAACUGGCAGCUAAGAAAGCUAAACUUGGCGAACACAUGCGCCGCGAGAAGGAAAGAUCGGCAGCCGCUGCCGCAGCAGUCUCCUCGGAACCACGCCAAAUGGAAAUCGACUACGAUGAACUAAAUGAACAGAAGGCUAGGUCAAACGUUCUGAACGAACAAUUCCUGGCCGAUAAUCUUAAGAAACUAGAAGUCGUCACACAGCUGGUGCUGAAUAAUCUGACCAAAGUGCCACCGGAAGUGCCGCAGCAGUUUUUGCAAAGUUACACUCCGAUGCCACUAAGCACGACUGUUCCGCAACAGAUUCAGAAAAUUGCGCAGGUGUUCGCUCAACAGAUGACCGAUGUGCGCGUUGGUCCGGGGUCAUCUGCCAUGACCAAGGAACCCCCCAUGAGACCGAAGAUCAGUGACGACGAGGAGAGAAGUAUUAUCCAGGGUCGUCGUCGAGACUUGGAUGCAGAAAGCUUAGCCGAUGAUGAAGUCGAUCUGGAUGACGUCGAGCUAGAUAAGCUUCCCGAAGAAGAACGAAAGCGUGCAGAAAACACUAGAAAACUUCGUGAAACGCUGGAACGUGUCAAGGGCGGUGAACCAAAACUGAAACAAAGAGUUAAAGCUUUUGGUCUGCAGGAUAUAACGAAGCCACAACCAAACAAUUUGAAACACAAGUUCCUGCUCGAUGCUGUAAGGAGAAUAUUGAAGGCGGAGAAGCAAGCUCUCAUUGGAGGAGCCGCUUUCAAACGUAGGCGUAUUAUAACCGUGUUCGGUUCUUGUUUUAUGCCAUCGGUGCGGGACGUGAUUCUGGAGUUCAUCUACGAAGACGUCAAGAAGCGUAUGGAUUUGGCUUUCUCGUGGAUAUUCGAAGAGUACAGUCUUCUACAGGGCUACACUCGACAUACCUACAUCAAGUCGGAAAUGAAACCAGAUUUUCCUUACACCCAGUUGGUGUUGAAUCUGUUAACCAACAUUAUGGAACGACAGGAUUUGCGCGAAAAAGAAUCCUUACUGAAAAGCAUCUAUCUGGAAGCACCUUUGAUUCCGGAUGAAGUGAUUAGUUUGUUGAAUCACAUGUGUCAGCUCGAAGAACUGGCAGACUGCGGUAUGCAGAUAACAAAAGAUUUACUCAUCAGAAGACCACCGAAAGAAAAAGUUUAUCUAGAUAUUCUCUUCAAAUAUUCCGUCUACGAAAAUUGCAUCAUUCGCGAAAAAGCUAUCCACUAUUUAUUGCACAUUUAUUCAACGCAUCGUAUAAUGACCGAUGAAAUGGAGAAGCGAGCAUUGCAGUGGCUUGGAUACCUGGAACUAGAAAAUCCACCAGAAGAAGUGUUCGCCUUUGAGCUGGGUCGCGCGGAAUUGCCAAGAAUGUGGACCGAUGAGUUAGCCAAAACUUGUUUGGGUCUGUUUUUGGAAAUUCUAGUCUACAAUCAGGAGAUGAUUCACAGACUGUCGGACGUUUAUACCAAGGCUACAUCCGACAUGAAGCGCGCAAUGUUGAGAGCCAUCGAGGCGCCGGUGCGCAAAAUUGGCGCCGAGAGCGAAGAGCUUCUUAAGCUUAUCGAGAAUUGCCCGAAGGGCUCCGAAACCAUCAUUACUAGAAUCAUUUAUAUUUUAACGGAAAAAUCCAUUCCAACACAGGAACUCGUAAACCGAGUCCGGAAUUUGCAUCAAACCAAAGUGUCUGAUGUUCGUCUACUGAUCCCCGUUAUAAACGGUCUUACCAAGAAGGAAAUUUUGUCCGCUUUACCGAAACUUAUCAAACUGAAUCCGGUCGUUGUUAAAGAAGUGUUCAAUCGAUUACUAGGCGUGGGAGCUGAGUACAGUAGUUCAAAUCUGCCGAUUACUCCGGCGGAACUGCUUGUGGCCCUUCAUACCAUGGACACCAGCAAAGUCGAGCUGAAAUGGGUAGUGAAAGCCACAUCACUUUGCUUGGCAGAAAAGGAAACUUACACACACGACGUUCUCGGUAGCGUAAUUCUCCAAUUGGUGGAAAUCACACCUCUACCAACGCUCCUGAUGCGAACCGUUAUUCAAUCUCUGACGCUUCACCCGAGGUUGGCCGGGUUUGUGACCAACUUGUUGCAGCGUCUCAUAAUGAAACAAGUCUGGAAGCAAAAGGUUGUCUGGGAUGGUUUCCUCAAGUGUGCCCAACGGUUGACACCGCAAAGUUUGGGAAUCUUGAUUCAGCUGCCAGCUCCCCAGCUGCAAGAUGCGCUGAACAUUUGUCCUGAGUUCCGGGAACCGAUGUUGGAACAUGCCCGUGAGAUCAUGGAGCAUCAGAUUGGUCACGUCUCGCAAGAUCGCAUGGACGUUUUGUUAGGUAUUUCGCAGCAUACACCUGCCGAGAGGACAGAACUUCAGGUCGUUGCUAACUUCAACGAAGAAGUUCCGACGGCUACCCAUAUGCCUGUGAUAAUCAAACAGGAAAAGGAUGUGGAACGUCCGGAGCCAGCUCCACCUGGUAUGGAUUAAGCGGGGUACAAGUAGUUUGUUGUUCUUUAGUUAUUGGAAUACAAUUGUAAUAAAGUAUAAUUCUGCAAGCAUACAAGAUAUGUUUAA